CUGUUAAACAAGCUCCAUGCCCUCUAUAAAUAGCUCCAUUUGCUAAUCCACAAGAAGCAUCUUCUCCUGCAGCUCCUCACUAGAUCACCUUGUGUAUCACAGCAGACUUGAUCCGUCUUCUUUAGCUAUCGAAAUGAUUGCAGAGUUGAGAGAGAAGGUUGCGCUCGAGGUGAAGCAGGGGAGAGUUAGUCUGGUGCCCCCGGCGGAGGAAACAGAGAAGGGCCUCUACUUCCUGACCAAUCUGGACCAGAACAUUGCGGUGAUAGUGCAGACUAUUUACUGCUUCAAGGCCGGGGAUAAGGGGAAUGCCUCGGCGGUGGCGGUGAUCAAGGAGGCUCUGGCCAAGGUGCUCGUGCACUACUACCCUCUCGCCGGUCGCCUCACCAUCAGCCUGGAGGGGAAGCUCAUCGUGGACUGCACCGGCGAGGGCGCGGUCUUCGUGGAGGCCGAAGCCGACUGCGAGAUGGACGACAUCGGAGACAUUGGGAAGCCGGAUCCGGCCACGCUGGGGAAGCUGGUUUAUAACGUUCCUGGCGCCAAGAACAUAUUGGAGAUUCCUCCAGUGGUUGCUCAGGUGACGAAGUUUAGUUGCGGGGGAUUCAUUCUGGGGUUGUCGAUGAACCACUGCAUGUUCGACGGCCUCGGUGCGAUGGAGUUCGUGAACUCGUGGGGGGAGACGGCGCGCGGCCUGCCGCUGUCGGUGCCGCCGUUCAUCGACCGCACGAUUCUGCGGCCCCGCGACCCGCCGGCGAUCAGCUUCCCCCACCACGAGUUCGCGGAGAUCGAGGACGUCUCGGAGUCGGCGGCGCUGUACGAGAAGGAGGAAAUGCUGUACCGCUCCUUCUGCUUCGACGCGUACAAGCUGGAGGCAGCGAAGCGGCGGGCCACGGAGGGCGACGGCGCGCUCGACAAGUGCACGACCUUCGAGGCGCUGGCGGGGCUGGUGUGGCGCGCGCGCACGCAGGCUCUGGGGAUGCGAUCGGGGCAGAGGACGAAGCUGCUCUUCGCGGUCGACGGGCGCCAGCGCUUCGAGCCGCCGCUGCCGAAGGGCUACUUCGGCAACGGCAUCGUGCUGACCAACGCGCUGUGCACGGCAGGGGAGCUCUUGGAGCGGCCGCUGGCCUUCUCGGUGGGGCUGGUUCAGGGCGCGGUGAGGAUGGUGACGGACGAGUACAUGCGGUCGGCCAUGGACUACUUCGAAGCCACCAGGGCGCGGCCUUCGCUGACGGCUACGCUGCUGGUCACCACCUGGUCACGCCUGUCGUUCCACACCACCGACUUCGGUUGGGGCGAGCCGGUGCAGUCCGGGCCGGUGGCGCUGCCGGAGAAGGAGGUGAUUUUGUUCCUGGCGCAUGGCAAGGAGAGGAAGAGCAUCAACGUCCUAUUGGGGCUCCCAAGCUCAGCAAUGGAGAGAUUCCAACAGCUGGUAGACAUAUAAUAAUUUAUAUGCUACAAAAUUAUAUAUAUAUAUCUAAAUAUAUAUUAUAUUUCAGUUAUUAAUUACUGGUCGAAUAUCUAUCUCUAUAUUUGUUCUUCAUUGUUUCGUCCUCUUGCCUGUCGUUGGGUCAUAAGUGGUCUCUGGAGCCACACUGUUUCAUUUGCCUACCUAAUUCAUGUUUCUUUUUGAUGGAAUUAAUAUAUAUGAAAUACUUAUCGACAA